UAUACAUCUGUAAUAGGAGCUCUUCCGAAUCAUCAACUGCCAGAAUGAAGACAGUUGUUUUACAACUUUUAACAUUUAUUGUCUCAUACUCCAGUGCCUCUGUUGUUAUGACUGGUGGAGGAACUUUCAAGCUGAUCAUGGGAUAUUCUAUUCCUGUGGAUGUUCCAAUGCCGAUGGGAAUCAACUACGUUCACAACUUCCAGUUCCAAUAUCCUACAGUCACCAACGCGUCACAGGUGGCGUAUGUACAACAAGGCGCGAGGGACAACCAGCGGCAACAACGAGCAGUCACUCGUAAACACGUAUACAACAUCAUCCAGGACAUGCUGCUACACAGUGGGUUGGACGGAUCUUGCCUGCUUCGCUCAGUCUGUGAAAGUAGUGAAUCUCCCAUAAUGCACAGUGGUCUCAUCGGUGAACUAUUACAAACUUUACUGACGCCGCAAGAUCCAGACGAGGACAGCGAGUAUGGGGCAGCGUGGAGGGCUGGACUAGAGGGACAGAACUGUUCUACCCUCUACCCGCUGUGUCCUAGAGGACUCACCAUGCUUGAUCAAUUCAGCCACUACUACAUGUAAUGAGUUAUUCUCUCAAGCUGAUCCAUGUGAAUCUCUCAUUUGCACUUCAUUGUAUGAUAGAGGAUAUAAGAGAGAUAUUUUGUCAACAAUUUCCAACUUACAAACUCCCUGUAAUCUAAAAAGUUUUCAGGCCACAAACCAGUUCUACUUGAUACAAGGAAAUGUUUGUUUCUUGUAUUUUAGGCAUAACAAUUUUUUAAAUAAUUUUUUUAUCUGUAAAUUUAUGCUAAUAAUCAAGGACAACUGUUUUAUAAGUGUCAUGUUUACGUCUUUUUUUAAAUAUCCAUACUUGAUAGAUGAAUAUAUAUAAGAUAGAUGAGCCUGUAUUACUCUUUGGACAAUACAAAAUUUAACACUCAUCCUUCCUUCACUAACUUUUGCUUUAAAAUACACAAGCCUUGGCGUGUCAUCUUAUCUGUAAAAUAUUAAUAAA